CGUACUUACAGCAUUCCGUUACAUUUCGACUUUAAAUAUGUAUUUUGAUUUCGUCCCCUGCCCACCAAGAUGUUUAUUCUUUAUGUUCUACUAAAACUAUUUUAAUACUUGCAGUCACUAAACGUGGUAAUAAUGUAACAAAAAUUAAUACACCGGGAGCAAAGUAACUCAGAUUGUGAACUAUAUUAUUAUUAUAUAACUUUAUAUUGCACUCGGAAGUUUGAGUAAAAGAAUCGAUAUUUUAUUUAAAAAUAUUGUUACAUCGAAUAGUAAAUAAAGGAAUGAAUUACGAAGGUUCUGUUUUAUUCGGCGCCUUAAACUUGACCGGGUUGGAGACGCGGAAUAUGUUGGGCGUGAGCGCGGCCAGCGGCGCGAAGAGCGCGGGCGCGAUGUUGGCGGGCAGCGCGGCCGUGAGCGUGCGCAGGUCGGCGCCGCCCCAGCCGGCCGCCUCCAGCAUGAACCCCUUCACGCACUUCAGCACCAGCUCCGCGCGCCGCACGCACCACGCCGCCGUCAUCUCCUCGGACAUCUCGUGUCGCAGCAGCAGCGGAAUGGCGAGGCUGGUGAUGUCGUUGCUGCAGGCCGCCUUCAGUAUGUUGCGCAGGCCCAGGAUUGCCGGGUGUCGGGACGUGAUGUCACCGGAUCGGAGUGAAGAGUCGUCCACCAUGAGGUGGAAGACAACGUGCACCUCGGCGAGGUUGCUGUGCUUCGUGAUGAAGAUAUCGCCGGUCUGCAGGUCGCGGCGACUCCGGGAGCGCGCCCCCGCGCCCCCCGCGCUGUCCGCCUGCAGCCGCUGGGAGUUGCGGCGCUCCACCGGGUCUUGCAGCCGCUCGCUGAUGUCGCGGAGCUGCGCGUCCAUGCUGGGGAAGUGGUGCUCCGUGCUGAGGUCGGCGGCGGCCAGCAGGCGCGUGGUGGGGGGCGCGGGCCGCCGGGGGGGCGCCUCGUCCAGCAGCACGCAGCCCGCCAGCUCGCCCGAGUACAGCGACAGCGCCGUCUGCAGCCGCCGGGACGACUCCGCCGGGUUGUCAACUUGUUCGACGGCGCACAGGUCGAGCAGGUCCAUGGCGACGAUGCGUAUGUUGUGUGUCUGCUUGAGCUGGCUGCCGAGGUGGAUGGUGAAGCUCUCCUCCAGGCGCGCGCCGCCCGCCGCCGCCGGCGCCGCCAGCGACACGCUCUCCGGGGAGAAUGUCGCGAGGGGAGAGUUACUGGGUGUGUUAAGGGCGGACGUGCUCUGGUACUCCUGCAGCGUGUCCAUGAGCCAGGCGCGGUGCUGGGCGCGCUGUGUCUGGCGCAGCGCGUCGAGCUGGGAGCCCCAGCGCCCCGCCACCAGGGCUUGCUGCUCAAACUGCUGCGCUGCUAGCUCAUUGAUCUCUUCCUCUGUGCUCGAGAUGUUUAGAAGGCGCACUUUUUCUUCCAUUUCUUCAGUCUGUUUUUGAGUGAGUUUCUCAAUGUCUUCAUCUCUGUUCUUGAGUGUGUUCAUCACAGUCUUAGCAUAUGAGUUCUCAACUUGGAGGAUAGUUUCCAGAGCUGGUGAGUGCACCAACUUGUGGUAUGCCGCUGCAAAUACCUCCUCAUCGGAGGUGCCCUUCUGCUCUGCAAACUCCAUCACAUUGUCUUUGAACAACUUCUCCCAGUUCUUGAUAAUGCCUUCUACAUUGAUUUCACUGUUCUUUAAUUGGUUCAGAAGUUUCUUGUCUCUGUCAUUGUGAAAGUUUUUAGUUUCCUCUGCCACAAACUGUGCUAAUUUCUCAUUCAAUUCUUCUUCCAGAUACACUGGGACAUGAAACAUGUUGAUAACUCUUUGCACCAGUUCCCUCGUUGAGCCGGCGUGAGGAAUGUCCACUGGCACCUCCAGUUUGAAUAGUAUUUCUUCGUUCGUACAUGUCGGGAACGAAUAUUUGAAUGUUUUGGUGAUAUUUUGCCCCGUCUCUCCAGUCAUAGUAGAACACAAACCCGAAGGCAUUAACCUAGUAUAUUUAUUUACUUUUUAAUCAAAUCUCUUGAGCUAAGUUAGACACAUUAACACAAUUAUAUACGCCUACAUUAUUUUGUUUCCAUCUAUAAAUCAGUUUGUAAUUGCUAUCCUGCCGUCUGUUUUCUAUCAUCUGUCACCAAUGUCACGCACUGACAC